UCUCUAACCAGGUCAUAAACCUCGUCUUAGGGUUUAGACGGUUUGAUUUCUUUCACUUGUCAUCCCUCCUCAACCGAGAUGGGAACUACAAACAAAGAUCUUUUGAACUUGGAGCUUAAGAACUCCACAUCUUCAUCCCUAGAUUCAACUCUUCUUGUUUUCCCUAGAAAGGACUUACCUCCACAGAGCUCAACUUCUGGUGAAAAGCUUGUAACAAGUUCAAUUCCUAAAAGCCAAGUACUUGGGAAAGUGAGGGACUUCUUGGGAGUAAUGGCUGAAGCUAACAAAAAGCUGCAAACUGAUGCUAAGGAGAAUUCUGGCAAGGACUAUGAUAUCGAAGCUUUUACUGGGAAUGAAAAGGAAUACAUUGAAAUGGAUUUGAUUCUGGGUGUGGCUGAUCUUCAUACGCCAGAAGCCGUGGCUGCGGCUGAAUCUGCCUUGGUUGGCUCUCAACAAGUGAUCAAUUUAGCUGGUACAGGUAGUGGGUCUGACACAGAAAGCAGCGAAGAUGACAGUGAAGAUGACGAUGAAGAGAUGACAGAAGCUGGGGCCGAGGAUUCAAAGUCACAAAAAGCUGGUUCUUCAAGUAGUGGGCAACGGAAAAAACGGCCAAAUAUUAUUGAGCUCCUCUGAGCUAACUCUUUUCUAGUCGUGGCUCUAACUUGUACCAUAUCUUACUAUAUUUUCAGUCUGGCAACCUUUGGAUUGCUUCUCAUAGAAUAUGAUGGCUACACCAAGGGCCACAAAGGCAAUGUGAUUCGUCGGGGCUCGAUAACUCUACUUUUUUGGUUUGUAUCAGGUGUUAAGAGAAAAAGGUACAUGUAGAGUGCGUGGGCAGGACCUAAUACCCAUAGAUGUAACUUAAAUUUUUUUAAUGACCAAACUUGAUAUUAGGUCACUUAGCUCUGGUGUUUUCAUAGAUGUAUAUUGUAGUCUAAAUAAUAUUGUUGCAGGAGCAUCCAUGCUGUUGCGGUAGACUUGUAAUGCUUUUUGGUGUUA